AUGCAAGCCAUUGGGGCAGCCUUGGAGCUCAGGUCUGUCAACCUGUAGAACGCCAGCAACAACCAGGAGCAUCACACGCAGGAGAUGGGCCUGCAGUGGCUCAUCAUGUGCCGUGGUGAGUCCUUCACAAUCCAGCUGCAUUUCAACAGAUGCUUCCACUCUGGGAACGACUACAUCAUCUUUGUGGCUGAGAGAGAAGACACUGUCUACUUGGACGGUGAACCCCAGAGGCAGGAGUAUGUCGUGAAUGAUUACAGCUUCUAUCAAGGGAACAAGAACUGGAUCUGUCCCUGCCCCUGGAACUAUGGACAGUUGGAAGAGAAUAUCAUAGACAUCUGCCUGGAGCUGCUAGAAAAGAGCCUGAACUUCCAGAUUGACCUAGCCACAGACUACGCCCUGCGGGGCAGCCCCGUCCACAUCAGCAGAGUGGUGUGUGCCAUGAUCAACAGCAACGAUGACCGUGGGGUGCUCAAUGGAGACUGGAGCGAGAAUUACUCAGACGGCAUCAACCCCGUGGAGUGGACGGGCAGCGUGGCCAUCCUAAAGCAGUGGCAUGCCACAGUCUGCCAGCCAGUGUGCUACGGGCAGUGCUGGGUCUUUGCCGCUGUCAUGUGCACAGUGAUGAGGUGCCUGGGGAUCCCCACCCAAGUAAUCACCAACUUUGACUCUGGCCACGACACAGACGGAAACCUGAUCGUAGAUGAGUGUUAUGACAACACAGGCAGGAUUUUGGAGAGUAAGAAGAAGGACAGUGUCUGGAAUUUCCGCGUCUGGAAUGAGUGCUGGAUGGCCCGGAAUGACCUCCUUCCCGGAUACGGAGGCUGGCAGGUUCUGGGCACCACACCUCAGGAGAUGAGCAACAGCCACUACUGCUACGGCCCUGCCUCCAUCAGAGCCAUCAAAGGAGAGGUGGAUCUGAACUAGGACACAGCCUUCGCCUUCUCCAUGGUAAAUGCUGACUGCAUGGCCUGGCUGGUCUUUGGAGGCAAGGAGCAGAAACUUCACCUGGACACCAAUUCUGUUGGCAAUUUUAUCAGCACCAAGAGGAUCCAGAGUGAUGAGCGGGAUGACGUCACAGAAAACUGCAAGUACGGAGAAGGUUCCCUCCGGGAGAGGCAGGUGAUUCUGAAGGCUCUUCAGAAGCUGAAGCCUGGAAGGUCCCAAGGCUCCCUCCAACAAACUUCCAGGUCCACGCUGCCAAGGGACAGUCCUAGGAGCCUUGCUACGCCUUCCCUUCAGCCCAGUGAUGUUGUCCAGGUCUCCCUGAAAUUCCAGCUGCUCGACCCACCCGACAUGGGCCGGGACAUAAGGUUUGUCCUGCUGGCCCUCAACACGUCGCCCCAGUUCAAGGACCUCAAAUUGAACCUGAGUGCCCAGUCUCUGCUGCAUGAUGGCAGCCCCCUGCCCCCAUUCUGGCAGGACACAGCCUUCAUCACACUCUCUCCUGAAGAAGCAAAAACCUAUCCCUGCAAAAUCCCCUAUCCCCAGUACGGCCAGUACCUGUCCACAGACAAGCUGAUCCGCAUCAGUGCCCUGGGUGAAGAGAAGAGCAGUCCCGAGAAGACCGUGGUGAACAAGAUCAUCACCUUAGCCUAUCCUGGCAUCAUGAUUAAUGCUUUAGGAGCAGCCAUUGUGAACCGGCCGCUCUUCAUACAGGCGAUAUUUUCAAACCCCCUCUCGGAGCAGGUUGAAGAUUGUGUACUGACUGUGGAAGGAAGUGGUCUCUUUAGGAGACGGCAGAGAGUCCUCAUUGGAGUCCUCAAACCCCAUCACAGAGCCAGCCUCACUCUGGAGACUCUCCCCUUCAAGAGUGGCCAAAGGCAGAUCCAAGCAAAUCUGAGCAGCAACAAGUUUAAAGACACCAAGGGUUACAGGAACGUCUAUGUAGACUUUGGGUUAUAAAUUCUGGGACAAUGAGGUGGACAUGUAGAUGUUAAGCUUCAGGGAAAGAGCAAGUUCAAACGCAAGCUGUGCCAUUCCCCACCCAAACAGAGGCUUCUCUGGGCUCCGACAUGAGCAGCAGAGAGAUGCUGGCAAUGGAUAGUCCCCUGGGCCAUUUGCAUAGCUCCCCAGGACUCUGUUAAGGGCCCAGGAAUUCCAUGGUGUCCCGUCCAGA